AAGAACAGCUUCAGACUUUGCUGGUGGAGGGUUGGGUGUUUGAGUUCAGACAGGUUCCGAGGCGCUUUCCGGCUGCACGGAGUUUGGUGUGACACGACUGCGGACUUGUUGUAACUGGUCCCCGCACCCGCCCUCCCUCGGCUCGGCACCUCGCCCCGGGGGCGCGGGGCGCGGGGAGGGCCGGCCUGACGCUGGGCAGGUAACUCCUCUGCCCGCCCUCGCGCUCCCGCUUCCUGGGCGGCAAACCGGCGGCGGCGGGCGCUCCUGGGGAUACCUCUUGCUGCUGCACAAAUGGACAUUUGACAGUGCUAUUGUCAAGCACUUGCAAGCAUGGAGACUUCGUCGUUGCUGUCCUCAUUGAAUGAUGAGUGUAAAUCUGACAAUUACAUUGAGCCUCACUACAAGGAAUGGUAUCGAGUAGCCAUUGAUACGCUGAUUGAACAUGGGCUAGAAGCAUACCAGGAAUUUCUUGCCAAGGAGCGAGUAUCAGACUUUCUAGCUGAGGAAGAAAUUAAUUAUAUUUUGAAAAAUGUCCAGAAAAUUGCACAAAGUACAAUCCAUGGUACUGACAAUUCCUGCGAUGAUACCUCAUCUUCAGGGACGUAUUGGCCCAUUGAAUCUGAUGUGGAAGCUCCAGAUCUUGACUUAGGCUGGCCAUAUGUGAUGCCUGGACUCUUAGGGGGUACCCACAUAGACCUCCUCUUUCAUCCACCAAGAGCACAGCUACUUACAAUUAAGGAAACAAUUCGGAAAAUGAUAAAAGAAGCCAGAAAGGUCAUUGCUUUAGUGAUGGACAUGUUUACAGAUGUGGACAUUUUCAAAGAAAUAGUGGAGGCAUCAACUCGAGGGGUAUCUGUAUACAUUCUGCUUGAUGAAUCCAACUUUAAUCAUUUCCUAAACAUGACUGAGAAGCAGGGUUGCCAAGUUCAACGUCUCAGGAAUAUUCGAGUGAGGACAGUAAAAGGCCAAGAUUAUCUUUCAAAAACAGGAGCCAAAUUCCAUGGAAAAUUGGAACAGAAAUUUUUGUUAAUUGACUGCCAGAAAGUUAUGUAUGGUUCUUACAGCUACAUGUGGUCAUUUGAAAAAGCUCACCUCAGCAUGGUUCAGGUAAUCACAGGACAACUUGUUGAGUCCUUUGAUGAAGAAUUCAGGACACUCUAUGCCAGGUCCUGUGUCCCCAGUCCCUUUGCUCAGGAAGAAUCAGCCAGGGUGAAGCACAGCAAAGCUCUGUGGGAGAACGGCACUUACCAGCGUUCACUCUCUUCACUGGCUUCUGCUUCCAGCCAGAGAAACUUUCUUGCUAGACAAGACCAAAUCCAUAACCUAGAUGCUAGUUACUUCAAAAACAGAGGGCUAUACACUCGGAAUGAACAUGACAAAUAUAGCAUGAGGAAUCCUGGAUACAAACCUCAUUUUGUUCCCAACUUUAAUGGUCCAAAUACAAUCCGUCAGUAUCAGCCCAGUCAGAAUGAAAAUUGGAAGAGGCACAGUUAUGCUGGGGAACAGCCAGAAACGGCGUCAUACCUGUUGCUGAACAGGACCGUGAAUCGCACCAUCAAUCCUCCUGGUAACUGGAAAAAGCCUUCGGAUAGUCUGAGUGUGGCAUCCUCGUCCCGGGGAGGCUAUGCGAGCCCCCAGGUCACCCCUGCCCAGAGUUUUGGCAAUUGGCUUGCCCAGAGGAAAACAACACAUCUUGCAGAGAGGAAUUCAAAUGUCCGGAGGUCUUUUAAUGGGACAGAUAAUCAUGUUCGCUUUUUGCAACAACGAAUGCCAACCCUUGAAAAUACCACAAAGUCAUUCUUGCGUAACUGGAGGAUCGAAUCCUACCUAAAUGAUCAUUCAGAAGCUGCACCUGAUUCUAAUGGAUCGGCACUAGGUGACCGGUUUGAGAACUAUGGUAGCUGUGAGAACUUGAAAGCCAGUGCCCUUUAUACACAUUCGCGGCUUCGCCCCUCUUUAGUGUUUAAACCAACUUUACCUGAGCAGCAAGAAGUAAAUAGUUGUACAACUGGCUCUUCAAAUUCAACUAUCAUUGGUUCCCAGGGAAGUGACACACCCAAGGAGGUCCCAGAUACCCCUACCAGGGCAGAGCAUUUGACAGAUGAACCCUUGCCAGAAUCCAUCCCCAAGCUACCAUUGCAGGCAGAGUCGCCAAGAAUGCACCCCUUGCAGACGCCUGAAAACCACUCAGCAGUCUUAAACCAAACUACAGAUGGCCAUCCAGAGUCAAGCAACUAUUUAUAUACAAACUUGUGUGCAAAUAAGCAGACAGAAAACCUAAAGAAUCAACAACAAAACGAGAAUCUGCUUAAAAGGCGAAGUUUCCCAUUCUUUGACCACUCAAAAGUCAAUUUAGAUCAUGGAAAUAGUAAGCAUUAUGUUUAUAGUACGCUUACCAGGAAUCGAAUUCGACAGCCUGCAAAACCCAAAGAGGAUUUGCUGAAAAGUUCUAAAAGCAUGCACAAUGUGACCGAUAGUGUGGAAGAGGAGGAGGAGGUGAUCAAGGGAGACCCGCCGAGUGGCGCAGCUGCCAAGUCCAUUUCCAUUGCUGCUUUGCUCGAUGUGAAUAAAGAGGAAUCUAACAAAGACCUCACUUCAAAGAAAGAAGUUAAGGGUUCCCCAAGCUUUUUGAAAAAGGGAUCUCAGAAGUUAAGGUCAUUACUUAGCCUUAGCCCAGAAAAGAAAGAAAAUUUAUCCAAAAAUAAGGCAUCUCCCUUUUAUAGAAUGUGUAGCAGUUCUGACACUUUGGCUUCUGAGGCUGAAGAGAAUCAAAACCCCAAAAAGUCAGAACCGAAAGUUGAGUCGUCUCCUAGAAGAAAGCGUGCUUCCUCGUCAAACUCCCAAGGCAGCAUCCACAAGAGUAAGGAAGACGUAACGGUUAGCUCCUCCCAGGGGAUGCAUUCUCCCCCCGAUGGAAGUAAUGAAAUAAUGCCUUCUCCAAGUCCAGUUGAAAAGUUCUUAGAAAGGGCGGGGGAUGCCUCUGCCCCGAGAUUUAACACAGAACAGAUCCAAUACCGAGAUUCAAAGGAGGUUAAUAGAGUCGUUGCUCCUGUCAGAAAACCAGCUCCUCCUACAAGGUCACAGCCCAAUGAGCUUCUAAGAACUCAGUCAACUGACCGGCGCAUUUACAGUCGUUUUGAGCCAUUUUGUAAGAUUGAGAAUUCUAUUCAGCCAACAAACAGCAUGUCAAAUAGCAGUCUCCACCGCCCAGAAAUGAAACCCACAACUGUGGGCAAUAGCUAUGGUAGGUCCAGUCCAAGGCUUCAUUACAACACUAAUGUUUACCACACGUAUCAGCCAAAUGAAAACAAGUUUCGAGGAUUUAUGCAAAAGUUUGGAAACUUCAUAAACAAAAAUAAGUGAAAUACUGUAAUUGCAAGUAGAUAUUAAAAUACAAAAGGAAUGUGGCUAUAAUUAUUUGUCCCAAGAACAUUGUGGACAGUUUUUGUAAAUGCCAAUAGAUUUCUGUGAGGCAGGAUUUGGGGUAUGAUAUAUAUUUUUACCAACAUACUGUGUACAGUAAAGUUAUUGUUUAUGAUGAAGUUGUGCUUAAUUAUGCUACCAAUGGAAUGUCUCUAUAAACACGUAAUUUUUAAAUGGUAAUGGUAAAAAAAUGUAAUUGGUUUCUUCAGAAUGAAGAUCUUCUUAAGUCUUAACUAGGAGCUUUAGUGGAGAGAGGGUGUAUGGGUUUUAACCAUUUAUUGCAAAGUCAUUCCUUUUAUAAAAGGAUCCUAAUACUCUCAGUGGCUCACAUCUUUGUGGGGUUUUCAUAACUUCAGAUUAUGAGAAAAUAAGACAAAGCCUUUUUGUUUUAAUUGCCUUUAAAUUUUACAGGAUAACUUGUUAUAUUUUAUUAAUGUUGUAUUAGUUUUUCUGUGGGGCAUAUACCACUGGUGGGUAGCACAAUAAUAAACUUUAUAGAUCAGCAUAUUUUUUAUGUUGCCUGAGGGUGUUGGCAAAGUAUCAGCCUCAUGUAGUACAAGUACAUCUUAGGGAUGUGUCUUCCUUCCAGAUGUGCUUCUCUGCACCCUUUCCAGGGAGCCUGUACUUCAGGUAUCCAUCAGCUGCUGAGCUUUUAUAGUCAUUUCUUCUUUCAAACUAAUAGCAAGGCAGCAGGAAUUGAAAAACCUGAAUUAUUCCUCCCCUUUACAUACUUUAAAAUAACCUUUUAGGAACGUAAAUUUCUACAUAAAUUUUUAUCUUAAGUGUAUGACAGUACUUAAGUGUCUUGCUUCCAGAAAUCUUUGCUCUUUUUUUAUGCUGUGCCAAAUACCGGGUGAUUUGGCAGUGUUUUCGUAGGAGUGCUGUGAUGAAUAUGGAAAGUGGUACUGUUCUUUCAUGACCUUGGGACCUGGCUGAAGGUUUUAAGGCUUCCUGUGUCAAACUCUCAAGGCAGCAUCCACAAGAGAAAGGAAGCUGUAACAGUUAGCUCCUCUCAGGGGCUGGGGCUGGAUGGGGCAAUAUUUGAUGGUUUUAGAAAUUCAAGAUUCAGUCAAAUAUUAAUAUAUGUUAUGAGAUAAUUAAAAUAAUGGCAUUAAAAUAUCUAUGCCAUUUAAAUAACUUUCCCCAGUAUUUUCAAACCAUGAUAAGAAAUACAAUGGGAGAAAUAAUAACAGUCAGGAAAAGAAAACAUUUACCGAGUGCUUACUUAGACCAGGUCUUGAGCCUGAAUCUAAAGUCACCACAACAACAUUUUGUGGGUUAGCAUCACCCUCUUUAUUUAUAGUUGAUGACUGAGGUGAUAAUUGAGACACGAGGUACAAAGAGAUAAUGCCCCAAGUCACAUAAUUAAUAAGUAAUGGUACUAAAGUAUCUAUCACGUACAGUCUCAGAACAUUACCUCCAAAAUAUGUUCAACUUCUGCCUCAACCAAACUAUUAGGGAUUAAAUGAGAAAAAUGUUUAUAUUUCCUGACUCAAGAGCAAUCAACCAAAAAGGAUUUAGUUGAAUGCCACCAGACAACAGGACACAUGGGGCUUAAAAUAGUCAUAGUAGUUGAGAUUAAGGAAUUAAAUUGAGAUUGAUGUGUGAGUGUAACCCAGCAGGCCAGUUUUAAUUGCUGGGUAGUCAUUUUGAUCUCUUUCCAGUUCACCUGUGACAAUGAGAGGAAGGGAAGAGGAACCAUUGGUGAGCUUCAACCUGCUUCUGUACUAGACAAAGAAGCCCAUUAGGGUAGGAAGCUAGGCAGGGAAUGGAACUCAGGGUUAAUUAAAUACAUGAUCCAGUUUUAUAUUCACAAUAACCCUGGGAGAUACCUCCUUUGUGCAAAUAAGAAAACUAAGCCUCAAAGAAGUUACAUAAUUUGACAAGAGUUACACAGCUCUUAAUUGGUAGAACGGGUUUAAACACAAAAGCUUAUAUUUUUAACACUAUACUACACCAUACCCUACUGGCUUCUUAUUCCUCUACUAGUAGUCCUGCGCUCAAAUCCGUGCACCAGUAGCUCGCUGCCACCCUCCAGUAGCUCUCCGCCCACCGCCCCGCUCUUCGUUAGCUCCCCCUACCCCCUCCCUCAGCCCUCCCUCACAGCUUGCUGCCCUGCCCCCUCCUGUAGCUCUAGGCCACCCGCUUGUAGCUUGCUGCCCCACCCUCCUGCUGAUCUGUGAUCUGGUCACUACGUGGUUGGUCGUUACACUUCACAGCGUAACAACCAUUUGCAUAUUACCUCUUUAUUAUAUAGGAUGCUUGAGGAACCUCCUUUGAAAGGAGUCCCUGUCUUUUGCUCUCUUUACAAAUUGCAAAACUAUAACAGUAACUCUAUAACAGUAGCAUUUUAUAAACACAUUCAGAAUAUAAUAUUCAGUUUUAGCAUCAUUCACAAAAGCAGAUUUUAAAACUCUCAUUAUAACCUAGGGAAUUCCCAAGUACUACAACAUAGGAUUUUAUUAUUUCGGUAAGUUAAAUGUAAUAGAAAGUUUUGCACAUUUUGUCAUAAAUUAAUAGCAUAAAAAUAAAACUUUGAGACAGAAGAGCCAUUUUCACAGAAGGAACAGCCAAGUAUAUUUAUAAAAAAUGAAUUAAAACAAAACUGAUGUGCAUUUCCUUGUAAUCAGAAAAGGAAUUCAGCUGCAACAAAGCUGUUUCUAAUUGUUAGUGGGUUAAUUUUUAGAGUCAACUGGAAAGUGUGUACUCUGCAGGUUAUUUAAAAACAUUAACAGUGAGUAAAAGAGAUUUGUAAUUUUGCUCAUAGAAAAAUUGACUUCUGUAAUUCUGGACCCCACAGUUAACCAAACCAGAUUGACUUUAAUAUCUGACCCAUUCUAAGUUACUAUUAGAUGGGGCACGUUUCAGAGAUAAGGGGAUAGUGGGCUAAUUGUCUUUAGGCAGCUCUGAAAUGGCAAAUCCUGAAAAUUUAGAGCAAUGUAAUUUUAAAGCUGAGAUUACAAAAAGACUAGUGUGUAGAUCAUGUUUAAAUACAA